AUGCCGACAGUUUUAUAUCAGCAACGAGUUAGGCCAACGCGAAGAAGGCUUAUUGAUUCCUUAAGUGCGGCAGAGGAGUCAGUUUUGAAUGAGGUAUCCGCCUCCGCCUCCGGAACCUGCGGCGCCAAUACAUCCUCCGUCCCAGGACUCUUUCAAUCAGAGGCCAGGUCUUUGCAAUCGGACCAAUACCGGGAUCAACAAGGUCCCGUCCAGUCCCCAAGCAAUGACAGGGAGACAGGAACAUCAACAUCAAGCACUCUUUUACGUUCCAGGAUAACGUACGCUCGCCAACGCUCGUUCUUAGGAAGUACCUUGAACACUUUUGACUCUGAAUUACAUGGCGCCUCGGCUGCAGCUUUGGACGAUGUGGAAGCUGGGGGUUCAUCUGCCCCCCUCAAACAUCGCAGUACAAUUUCCUUGUCUGCCGACGGCGAGGAACACGGCAGGCCUGUCCGUAGCAUCCAUGAGCUGAGGCAGGCUGGGGACAAUGCCCGCUUCCAAGAGUCGGUUGAAGCACUAUUCGAUGAUUUUGAAGAGCCGGGUAGCACGGUUUCCGAGAGAUGCAAUGGGCUCAUUCAGCUGUGUUCGAAGCUACUCAAACCUGACUUCAUACAUCGAUUCUCGGAAUAUGGCUUUGAUGACCGACUAGUCAAGAGCCUCGCGAGCGAUCUAGACAUUAUCUCAUCAUGUCUAGCACUGUGUGCCUAUAGAUUGGUCUGUUUCAAAGGGGUAUAUUCGCACUCAAAUUUGAGAACAUUUUGGACAACUCUGGUCGACAAAUCUUCGUUACUGCUCGCAGUGAAAGACGAUAUAAUAUCCUUGGCAGGCAAUCCGCGAUUGCAUGUUUCAAGAGCCGUGCAAGCGUCGCUCAGGGAUCUCAUCCCACGAUUGACAGCUUCGAUGUUCUCAGAAAGCCCGACACCGAGACUUUCUCCACGUCUAGCCAUUCUUUCCUGCAUUAGCGUUUGCUUGCCAGCAUUUCAAGACAAGUCUCAACCUAUACAGUCAAUGUCUCGGUCUUUGCUAGAUAACCUUAUUGCGCUUCUGCCUCCGAACAGUGGUAAAGUCACAACAUACCCUCUAUCCUACGACGACUUUCAAACAAAGUCAAUAACUCUUCUUGUUCUGGAGAGUUACAUAAUGCUUUCAGCAACACCAGGCUACGAGUACGAUGGUCCUUUCCGCAAAUUUGUCCUAAUGCAUGAUGACUUCGUUCGCCCUGCCCUGGGUGACCAAGGCCGACGAAUCUUGACGUUAUAUUUGAGGGUCGUACUAAACCUCACCAAUAAUGAUCCUCUGGCGUGCGAGCAAUAUGCUGCACCUGAAACUAUCACCGGAUUUGUUCAUAUCAUUACAACUGAGCUUUCUGAUGCGUCUGCUAUCGUCGGCUUCAAUGAGCACGAGUCAUUCAACCUCGUCAUCUUGGCUCUAGGUAUUCUUAUAAACCUGGCAGAACAGAGUGAGAGGUGCAGAGCCUCCUUUCUUGCGCCAAUACAUGACUCGCAUCCACCCCUUGGGACACUUGUACAUCAGUUUUCUCUCAGCAUCGAUCUCAUCAACCAUGCAAAUUCACUUUCCGAGUCACAUAUUAAUGUUGCUGUCGGGUAUUUGUCAAUACUGUUAGCUCUACUCUGUCUUCUUAAGGAGGCAUACUUUCAAGUUCAGGAACUGCUUAUGGAAUGUGGUAAGGAGAUCGCCUCGGUCAUGGCAACAGCGAAAGAAUUUUUGCUAUAUCAUCAGACAGUCGAAAGAGACUCACGACUCGGCGAAUUUCAAAACCAAAGCUACUAUCCGACGAUUGAAAACACGUUCAGCCGCAUUAUCAAAUACAACGGUCAGGACUUCGCAACUGAAAUUGUUGACACAGCUGGUCAAGAUGAAUAUAGCAUCUUGAAUUCAAAACACUUCAUUGGCAUCCAUGGAUACAUAAUUGUGUACUCGGUGUCAUCCCGUCAAUCGUUUGAUAUGGUCAGAGUUAUUCGAGAUAAGAUACUAAAUCAUCUGGGUGCUGACCACGUGCCCCUUGUUAUUGUCGGAAAUAAGAGUGACCUUAAGUCAGAACAGCGUCAGGUAUCUCUGGAUGAAGGGCGGCAACUGGGCGAAGAGUUUCACUGUGCAUUCACUGAGGCCAGUGCUCGUCUUGAUUACAAUGUUGCGAAAGCCUUUGACUUGAUGAUUGGUGAGAUUGAAAGGUCCCAGAAUCCAUCUCAACCUGCAGGAGGGAACAAAUGUUCCGUAAUGUGA